UGUAUAUAACUAACAAUAUCCAAAAGGAGUUGAAUAUAAUAAGGCAGGAACUCAAAGAACACGAUGCUUAUUACUCCCUUGAAAAGAGAACAUAUAGGAUUAAACCAUGUACUCCAUAAAAAAGCAAAACACCCAACAGGUCUCUGUCUUUAACGUAAUACACCAGAAAGCGUUAAACAUGUAUGGACCAAUUGCACAAAGUAUGUGGAAGAGAGACGAGAAUUAGUUAUAUUCCCCACCGCACGCUGUACUCCAUCCACACGCCCUUCCCGUAGGUGGCGCUAAUGCGCAUGUCAGUCGGUUCUCCACUCGCCAUUAACGUCCGAAGAAAACGAAAAGAAACGGAAGAAGAAGGUUCAGCGGGACCAAGAUAUAAAAACUUAUUUACUGUGGUACGUAAGUUUGCUGGUAGCAAGCAUCAUCAUUGAAUUUGAUCUUUCAUCUGUUGCGUUGUUUUGUGUGCACGCUUCAAAGACGAUGAGAAUUGCAUUGUGAAAAACGCGGUAAGGAUGAGUGACAUGAGCACCUCGACGUGUUUGUUUUUAUAACCUUUUAAUUACCGUUCAAAAGACAUAACACGCCUCUGUUUGCAUGUGACGCAGCGUGACUAGCGCGUUUUCUUUAAAAAGAAGAAGAAGAAGAAGCUAGUGUCAGUUAAAAAUAUAACGGGACGUUAACGAAUCACACAGCCCCGUUAGCGUAGACAAGGGGACUACUUAACUGAAGUCAUCGUUUGAAAGACUGCUCUUCAGGCAAUACUUUCUGAAUGUUCCAACAGUCAAGGAAGUCUCAGGACAGCCUGGUUCUCCUGACAAUUGGAACUCAAAUCAGGGUAGCCUUUCUGCAUCUUGAAAAAUCAGAAGUGACUUGCUGUCAAGAAAGCAGUGCACAAUCCCACCAAAAUUCCAUGGAAUCCACUGUCUACAAAAAUCACAAUUGUGCACUGAAUUACAGCACCCCAAACCCAAGGAUUUUGCAUUUAGUGUGUAUAGCAGUGACAAUCAAACAAAAAGAAACUGGCUUGAGUUCAUCAGCACAUGUCCUUGUUUAACACAAAGGAAUAUCCUCUCUUGAGAACUUCAUAAGACAGCCUUCUAACAAAAGUGGACAGCUUGUGGAAUUUUUAACUGAGACUAUAACUUUUCCUAAAAGUUUCUAAUAUACAAUGCUGGGCUGAAGCAUUGGGCUGAAGCAAGGGCUGCUCCACUUCAUAGAGAGAGAGCCCAAAUGUUUUCUUUACAAGAUCAGUCUUCUUCUGUACCUGAGAACAACGCCUCCACAUCAUCCCCAUUAUUUUGCAUCUCUCCAAAAAAGGAAUCUGCUAAUUUCAAAUCUUCCAAGAUUGAACCUAAUGUUGAUGAUUUUUCAGAGGAAAAAUGUUUCGAGAAUCAGGAAGUGGGAAGUUUCCUCCCACGAGUUUGUGAGCAGAAGGAACAAAUCCUAGAUCAUUCAGAAGGAAAUGUUUCCACCCCUUCUCAGAAGCUCUCCCCUUCUUCUCUCAGGGAUCAGCCAGCCGAAGGUGAAGUCUUGGAAGCAAAAAAAACCAAACGGAUCACAGAUGAUGAAAUAUUAGACUUUAUCGAGAAAGAGGUUGCGUUACUAUAUUCUACCGAGCGGCAAAGUUUCAGCCCUGUUCUUACUGAGCAGUGCACUACUGCAACUGGACAAGAAGAUGAAGUGAAGGAAAGCAAAGGAGCUGAGUUCUCUCCCACGUCUCAAGAGAAAUGUGAUAUAUCUGCAUCAGAGAAACAUGUAGCAGAUUAUCAAUGUGUCGUCUUGGACGUUGCUCCCACUUGCAUAAAUAAUGAAGCAGAGCAUCCAGUGACUGUGACAGCAGUUUCUGGAGUCACCGUGCCAGAAGAGACUGAGAAGUACCCAGGAUUAACGGUCAGCUGCAGUUCCUCACAAGGAGAGCGUGAGAGACUCAAAGAAACCGAAGGCACUGGAGAUCAAGAUCAAAAUGUAAACAAACAGACACCUCCAUCUAGACCUGAAGGUGCAGAUACAUUCUCUGCUGCAGUUAGAAAUGAUCCAGAAUAUGAACAGGGUUCCUCAAAGCCAGACAUGCAUCUUUUAAACACAAACCAAGAGGAAGUAAGGUUUGAGGACCCUUCAUAUGAAGAUAUAAGUGAAGAUGAGAAUCCAGAAGUUGAUGAUGAUAAUAAUGACGAGGAGAUGCCUUCACCUUCAUGUGAAGUGUCUGAAGCCAGUAAUACGCAGUUUGGACGUGUGCAGAGUCAGGCCGAGCUUCCAAAGAACCAAACACUUGGCAUAGCACAAGAUUGCUCUUGUCCAUGUUUUGUUGAAACUGAGGAUGGGUUUGAACGUUUCUUAUGUCCUAAAUGUGACGGUGAGAAACAUUUAGAUUGGCAAGCAAGCUGCUCUUUGAGCCCCCUUUCUGACGCGCAAGAUCAAGAGGAGACUGAUGAAGACGAUGAUUGGCUUGUUAUGCCUAUUAGCGUAUUAGAUGUUAAAUGGGAACCAGCAGAUGAAGGCCAGGCUGACCCAGAAACUGUUUCACAGCAUGAUGGUGAGCAUGAAGACCAGGUAAAACAAAGUGACACAAAUCCAGCUGUCUGUGAGGUACCCGGAUCUGUUCCAAACCAUGUGCCAGCUUCUGCUUUUUCCAUGAUGGAGGUUUUUGAAACACCUUCUCAUCUAGCAAAAGUCAUACAAUCUAGAGAGACAAUGCAACAGUCCUUCAUGACGCCUUCUUCCUGGGGCACAACUGAGACUAAAGCUCAGAGACCACAAAAUAAGGAGUCACAUAGUGCUCCUGAUGACAGUUGUGAAACUGACGAUAGUUCCGAUUACUCUUCUGAUUCAGGACGUAACUAUCUGACCGUGUCCAAACAGUGGUUAAAUAACCUGUCAGCGCCUGCGUCAGCAGAGAAAAAUGACUCUGGUUCUGAAAAAGUAAAUGAAGACCAUGAGAUGGCAAACUUACAACCAAGUCAAACGGGGAACAGAAGCAAGUCUUCAGAAAAGGAUGACAUCAUCAACCUUGAUUCUGACACCGAGGAUGAAGGUGUCCAAAGCUGUCCAGAGACACAAACAAAGAGAUUAUUCUCUACGCGCACAGAGAACAGUGGAGCUGCCAGCCUUAAUCAACUGAAGAAACCUUCUCCUGAAACUGUGGAAGGAAACUGUCAAACCAAUGGACGUACAUCUAUAGAUUUAUCCAGAUGUUGUGACGAAGUGAUCCAGAGUGGGAACCCUGACCUUUCACAAAGGACAGAAAAGUGUAAUAAUACUGGAUCUCACCAUGGUAGAAAAGCACGAAGCAUUUCAGAUGAUCCUGCUGUUAUAGUAAUAUCUGACAGUGAUGAUGAAGAAAAACAAAGCAGCAGACGGGUAAAGAGGAAAGGUGCAUUCUCUGAGUCAAUGAGUGGAGGCAGUACUUCAUGUGGAGAACAAGUGAGGGAUAUUGAAAAGAAGGGAAGUCCUAAAGCAAACAGCAGAAAGCCGAGUAUGCCUUGUGCAGAUUCACCAAAGUCACAGCAUCAGUCCAAACCUCAGCAAACACAGAUAAAAGAAAAGAAACAGGAUGUAACCUUUAGCCAAUCAGAUAGUAUAAAGAAGAGAAAACUGAUUAAAGUUAAAGUGCGUCCUGAGCGUGUUCAACAAAACGACAACAGACAGACUACUUCAAAAAUCAUGGAACAACAUCGUGAUGAUGCACAAAAUAGUCUUCAUGUCAGCCAAAACACCCAAAUCAAUUUAUCAUCAAAGAACCGCUGUGAGAAGCAGUCUGUGGACACGGAGGUAGACAUCACUAAAGCUCACUAUCACCACGUUCAACAAAAGGCACAAAGGCAAACCUCAGAAAUGGUCCAAAGAGAAGUAGAAAAACACCUUAACAACAAGGAAAGAGAGACUAGAGUUCUCUCGUCAGAAACGGAGGACAGCGAUGAUACCUUGAUUUAUAUACAAACUAGUCCAUCCUGUUCUGAUAGCGAGGGUGACUCCACUAUGACUCCCGUGAUUCCUCGCUUUGUUGUUCAGAAGUCUUCUUCAUCUAGUGAUUCACUUAAACUUCUAAAACAGUCUACAGUCCAAAGGCGAGGCAAAAAUGAAUCCCAGGCAACUCCAGAGACCCCCACAGAAACCAGCAAGACUGACUCUAAAAAGAAGAAACAACAAGGGGCUAAAGGAAAGCUUGUAUCCAACCCAAAGCCUAUAAGUGAUGCACACCAUACAGAACCAUUGUCUAGGUCUGCGCAUAGCUCAUCUAGUUCCAGGCACUGCUCGUCCUCAUCCAAACUACAGCGAUCUCACUCUGACAGAAACUCUUCAACAUUACAUCAGUCUCGCACUCCUACAAAGGGCCCGUCAUCUUCCACAUCCAUGCAGUCAUCAGCAAAGGAACAAGUGUUCAGUGACUGGCGAAAGAGCUUUGUCCCAACCAGGAGAGACCGAAAGAGUAGUCUGGAGAGUAACCUGAGACCAAGGCACAAUUACGAGUCGCUAAGAGAAGCCAGAGCUGGACCAAGUCAAUGUGACAAGCCACACAAACGGAGACACAGCUCCUAUGAGUCUGUACCUCCUCUGAUGAAGAGGCCCAAGGAUGAAGCCAUACAGAUAACGAAGGCCAGACAUCAGGACGCUCGAUUAGUGCGAAGAUUUCCUCUGAGCCAAGGCUACAAGUGGAAGAAUGAAACGAGCGUCAUGGCCGACAAAAGACCAAGGAAAAGGUUCAGCUCUCCAAGACCUCACCACUGAAGGGAAAAACGCUCUGCCAAAGAGACAUUCUGUUGUUUUUGUUAUGACUGGUUCUGUGUUUGAUUUAAUAAAGCACUUGUGUAAAACAAGUGACGUUACAUAUAAAACUAUAAGAAGUUCAGCAUUUUAUGUGUUGUACUUGCCAUAUUAUAUACACUCAAAAAAUACAGGAACACUGAAGUUGCACACCAGACAAUCUUGAAAAUGAAAGUUGGAAAUGGGAUGGAAACUAAAGUCAUCAACGUUUUGAUGGGUCCAUUCUAAUUCUAAGCAAACACUGACUUGUUCCCGUAUUUUCUGAGCAGUAUACAAACAUUAUUCUUUGUUUUCUUUGGAAACAGAAGUGCCUGUAUGAAAACCCAACAUGCAGCUGUUUACUGUAUUUGCUCUGAAUACUGUUCAUACUUGAAACUUUGUAAAUAGUUUGAAUUUUUUUAUCUAUUCAUUUAUAAGCUUUUUUUCUUACUCAGAAAAUUCUAUGCACCACUUAAAAUAGCUGCAUAUUAAAAAAAAAAAAAAGCCUUAUUACAAGAAGUGCUAAUAGAUUCACAAUUGUUUGAAUGUCUGUUUCACGGGAUUUUAAAUGCAGUAUUAUGCUCACUCUGUUUAAGUGAUGUUCCCCAGUGCCUGUGUGAGUCCUAAACCCAUCAGAAGGUUUCAAACCGCUGACAGGUGAAAUGAAUAAAAGUUGUUACAAUGUUCUGCUAGAAAAA